AUAUUUUGGGAAAAUCAUCAUCCACUCCGAAUCUUUAAUGAGUCAGUAUGGCGACCGAGUGGAGACACUUUCUGGAGGAAGAAGGAUAUGAAAAGUUCAAAGAGGCUAUUCGUCUCUCAGACGAGGAAUCAAAGGAUGAUCCAGACGAUGAUCCAUUUCGAUCAAAAUAUAGGUCAAGGGAAAUCUUUUUAGAAGUGAAAGAAAAGCUGAAAGCAUACCUGGAGAAAUUUCCAGAAAACGAUCGUGAUCAGGAACUCGUUUUCCUCAAUUGUGUCAUCGACUUGAGGCUUGGCAUUAACUACAUUGACACCGAAGAACUGCAGUCAGGAGAAGAAUAUCUAGCAAAAGUUAUUGACUCGACCGAAAAAUACAAACUUGAUAAAAAUGUCGCGGAUAUAUAUCUGCAUGCUUUGAACAACCUUGGGAUAUUGUGGUUUGGUAGAAGGAACCCAGAAAAGGCCCUUUUUUAUUUACUGAAGGCAGAAGAAUUGUAUUUUCAGUACAGGACUGAGGUGGACGGUGCCCCCAAAUUUGUAGCUGAAUAUCUAAAACCCGAUGGUGAAGAAAAAGAAAAAUUAGAGCAUCUUAGAAAUGCAAACUUUGAAAACUCCUACACACACACUCUCUACUACAUGGCUCAAGUGUAUGCUAAAUUGGAUGAGAGUGAGAAAUCUGCUUCAUGUUGUCAUAAAACCUUACAGAGACAAUUAGAUGCACACAAGUAUAAUCCGUUAGAUUGGGCAAUAAAUGCUGCCACAUUGUCCCAAUACUUUGUCACAAAAGAUGAUUAUCCCCAGGCUCGACAUUGCCUUGCGUGUGCAGAAGUCAUUUAUGAGGAGACACACUUGGGAGAGGAUGAAAAUGUAUCUGAUGAUGAUAAGGAAAAACUUCAGCAGGGUAAGGCUGACAUACGCAGAUGUUGGGCCAAGUAUGGACUGGCGCUACUCGAGUUCUCCAAGGAUCGACUUUUGAAAGCAUCAGAAGAAGAGGAAACAAAACAGGACCAGGAUCAGAUCGAGAAGGAUUUUGAAAAAUUUAACCUUGAAGUUGCAUUUCGGGAGGAACAAAUUACCUGUAAACCUCUUCGAGAUUUUGAAGAGGCAAGAAAUGUGUUCUUAAGAGUACAGACUUGGCUAAAUGAAGCAAAAGAUUUUUAUGUUUUUGAUGGCCGAUGCACAGAUUAUAUAGAGAUUAUUCAAGAUCAUAGCAAAGCAUUUAAACUUCUAGCUUUCUUUGAGCUAAACUUAGAUCGCCAAUGUAAGAUGCAUAAGAGAAGAAUAGACAUGUUGUUAGAGAUUUGCAAUGAGUUGAAUCCUCAGCAUUACCUGCUUGUGGUUCGACAGCUCACAUAUGAACUAGCAGAAAUCUACAGCAGUAUAUUAGACAUCAAAUAUAUGAUUUUGAGAGAGGAGAGAGAACAACCUUCAGUCCAUGCAAUGAAGAAAAUUAACAGCUUGGCUCAUCAAAGCAUAGAAAAGUAUCAGGCAUAUAUUGAUUCCUUUAAAGAGAAUAAACCUGAUCUGCCCAAGGAGUAUCCUGAACUGGAAACCAGACCAGCCCUUGUAGCUUGGUUCUGCAUGGGAAGGUUGUACUCGAAAAUAUUUCCUUCAGAUGUGAAGGAGAGAUUGGAUUACAUUAAGAUGACUGAGAAGUGCUACCAGUAUAUGAUAGAUUACUGCCAAAAUUAUCCAAAAGCCGCAGAGUGCAUGCACAGCGAACUUGAAGUGUGUAAGGAAAUGGUGGCACUCCUACCCGUCAAAAUGGAGAAAAUAAGACAGGAGGCUGAAAUUUAGAGAUUUUAUUCAAAGGAAUUUUAAACAAAAAUAAAGCCAUUCAAAUAUGACAACUUGAUAUACUAGUAUUUAUUAAUAAAUUAUGUUAAUGAC